UUUAAUUCUAUUACGUUUGCUAUAUAUAGAGAUUAUCAGCUUAAUCGUUGUCAGACCAGUUGCAUUACACUAGUUAAUUAAUGACCAUGGCUUCCAAUCUCUCUACUCUCUUCACAAUUUCUCUCCUUUUCAUGCUCUUGUCUCCAUCUCUUGCAAGCUUUUUCACCCCAGUUUCUGGCACACCGGAGAAAUUUUGCAACUCCACACCUUACCCAUACUUCUGCAGAUCCUCAUUUCCUUUUGACAAGCCUGCCAAUAUACAUGACUAUGGUAGGAUGUCCAUUUCUAAAACCUUGUCACAUUCUGGAAAGUUUCUGUCCAUGAUCCAAUAUUUGCUAAGGCUUCCCUCUUCUUUUUUUGCAUCCAAUACUAUUCUUGCUCUUGAAGAUUGCCGGUUCCUAGCUCAACUUAACAUUGACUUUUUGUCAUACACUUGGGAAUCCAUCAAUUAUACUGAUAGUCUUCAAAGCUUGCAAGCCAGUGAUUUGCAAACUCUGCUUAGUGCCACUUUGACUAAUUUACAGACUUGUUUAGAUGGGCUUCGAGCUUCAAAAUCAGUCUCAGGAAUUAUGAACACCCUUCUGACUCCUCUCUCUAAUGGAACCAAACACUGCAGUAUUUCUCUUGCAUUUUUUACUCAUGGUUGGGUUCCUGCCAGGAAGAAAGGAAGAAUUUUAUCAGAAAGAAAGCACAUAUUUUCUGAAUUGAGAAAUGGCAUCAGUGAUGGUCUGCCUUUGAAGAUGUCAAACCAGGAUCAACAAGUUUAUGAGUCAUUGAACAAAAGGAAGCUUCUUCAAACAACCGUGAAUGCUAGUGUUACAGUGAGCCAAAUGGUGGUUGUAAACAAGAAUGGAACUGGGAAUUUCACAACCAUUAAUGAUGCAGUUGCUGCUGCACCAAAUAAUACAGCUAUUGGCAGUGGGUAUUUUGUGAUUUAUGUGGUGAAGGGAGUCUACCAAGAGUAUGUUUCUAUUUCUAAGAACAAGCAGAAUAUAAUGAUGAUUGGAGAUGGCAUUGGCAAGACUGUGAUUACUGGCAAUCGCAGCGUAGUUGAUGGGUGGACUACGUUUAAUUCAGCAACAUUUGCUGUUGUUGGCCAAGGAUUUGUUGCUGUGAACAUUACCUUUCGCAACACGGCCGGACCCAUUAAGCAACAAGCAGUAGCUGUUAGAAAUGGAGCAGACAUGUCUGCAUUUUACAGUUGCAGUUUUGAAGGGUAUCAAGACACCUUAUAUACUCAUUCUCUAAGGCAAUUUUACAGAGAUUGUCAAAUCUAUGGCACCAUAGAUUUCAUAUUUGGCAAUGCUGCAGUUGUUUUCCAAAACUGCAAAAUCUCUUCGCGGCUUCCACUGGUUGGCCAAUUCAACACCAUAACUGCACAAGGCAGAAGUGAUCCUAAUCAAAACACAGGCAUUUCAAUACAAAAUUGCAGCAUUAAAGCAGCUAAAGACUUGGCCACCGCUAAUGUCACUGUUGAAACUUAUCUGGGGAGACCAUGGAAGGAGUAUUCAACAACUAUUUUCAUGCAAUCUUAUAUUGCUAGCCUUAUUGAUCCUGCUGGUUGGGCUCCUUGGUCUGGAGAUUUUGCACUUGCUACUUUGUACUAUGCAGAAUUCAAUAACACUGGUGCAGGAUCAAAAACUAGUAACAGGGUUACAUGGCCUGGCUAUCAUUUGAUAAAUGCAACUGAUGCGGCUAACUUCACUGUGUCCAAUUUCACACAGGGAGACUUUUGGUUGCCGGCCACCGGAGUGCCUUACACCGGUGGUUUGAUGUGAAAAGGGUCUUGAUUAUUUGUUUGUGUUGAUAUUAUUUUCAUUUCUCUUGUUUCAUUUAUUGGAAAUGGCAAAAAAAAAAAAAUUACUUUUCAUGAAAAUUUUACACAGAAAACCCAAUAAAGCAAGAAUUUAUG